GAAUUUUUUGUAUAUACAAUGCAAUAAAAAGGAGUCGUUAAAAUUAGUCAAUCUUGUAGAAAAUUGAUUGAUCAAUUGGCUAAAAUUAUGUGUUCAAGGCUGAGGGUCCCAGCUACCUAGUUAUAAUUAAACGAAUAUCAAAAUGGAGGAAUAUGAUUUGCGAUCCGUGACAGAGAACGAUUAGCCCAUUGUAGACCAGUGGAUAGUAAACUAUACUCCACGAAAAUAAUCAAAGUUGAAACAUUUUUUUUAAGUAAAGAAAAAGGAUAGGAUGUUUCCACAAGAAGAAUUGACAUACAGUAAAACAAACUCAAGCUGUUCGGAGGUUUAAAUAUAGGGGCGUUAGGUGGGUUAAGCGAGAGCGAAACGUCGCUAUUUUCAUGUAUCACCUGCAGUUCUCAAUUAAUUAAUAACAAUAGUCAUGGACACCUGGCACGACCUGACUCGCGAAGAUAUAUUGGAGCAAUUCAAAAGGGUAAAAAUCCUUCAUGAACAACAUUCAUACAGGACAUAUAGGGAGCUGCAUUUGACAAAUGCAAAGGAUUUGACGCUAGAUGAACUACGGGUGAUAUACAAAGGAUUCAUUGUGCCGCUACCGCGCCGGGAGCCACGGGAUCGCCGUCCCCAGAAACCCAUGGAGAUCGAUCAGCUAACGGAGCGCAUUAAAGUGGUGUCCAUGGUUGGAGGCAAGCGACCGAUCGCGGAAGAACCCUGUUGUUCCAAUCAAUCUAGUCAUGAAGCCAAGCAAAUCAAGAUGGACCUCCAUUGACCCUUGCCUGGCAUCUGCUCGAUAAGGCAUUUUCCAA